GCACUUGCGAGCCGUGACAGGCAAAGACGAGUUCAUGAAAAGUCUCGAAAUGGUUGUCUGCAGUGUAGAACCAGACACGUAAAGGUACAGUGGUCCAACUUCAGAACGACUUUCCCUCUUGACAACGAGCAGUGCGACGAACAGAAACCGAUAUGUGGUCUUUGCAAGAGGGUUGGCAAGAAGUGCAGUUUUGCAUGCCUGGAGUCUGGAGAGUCUACCACAAUACCUCGAGACGACUUUAUCUUGCCCAGCAAUGCUUCUCCCACGUUUGGUCAAACGAGUCUGAGCUUCAGGUUCCUCUCUCCUACAGUUUCAGUCGACUGCAUGCCUCGGUUGGGCAUGACUCUCCCAGCGUCUUUAAGCCCUCCCCAUCUUCAACAGUUGCCUCUUGCCGAUCUGGAACUGCUGCAUCAUCAAGUGCGAUGCAACCAUGCCACCGGACGAGACAGUGACGACAUUCAACUCGGAUUUGCUUUUCCAUACGUGCUGCACAGUAUUCUAAGCUUGUCAGCACUGCUCCUAUUCUCCAAACAACCUGCAAGGACAGGGCUUCUAGAACGAGCCUGUGCACACCAGAACGCUGCACUUACUCUGGUUCGUUCACAUCUGAUGAACCUGAACAAGCAAAGCGUCAACGCUGUAGUCAAGUUUUCUGCCAUCACAUCGGUCAUUGCCCUGGCUCAGCCGCUGUGCCAACAUCCUUAUCGUUCGGACAUCGGAUCUCAUCAGCGACAUACACUACAGUUUUCC